CAGCGUAUAAAGUGGGUGUGAGCUUCCAAACUCUCACAUACAAAAAAAAAAAACUCCGAAACUCGCCUCGCUUACGAGCCACUCCUCCCCUCUCGCUCCCCUUAAGAAUUCUGCCGCGGUUAGGGUUUUGAUCUCUCUCGCGGAUAAUGGAAGGAGCAUUCGAUGCCUCGUCUCUAGCUCGCAGACGCCUGGUCGUCCUCUCUGCUCACCUCGCCGCUGGCGCUGCCUCCGUUCCCGGCGGCGGUCUCCCGCCUGUUCUGGAGAGGUCCCCCGUAUCCGCCCACGAUAUCGUGCGGCCUCCAGGGAAUCUUGGCGGCUUGUUGACGGUGACCGAUGGGAGAACCGGAAAGCGCUACGAAAUCAAGGUUUCCGAGGAAGGAACCGUCAGAGCUACCGAUUUCAAGAAGAUUACAACAUAUAAAUAUGACAAGGGGCUCAAACUCUAUGAUCCUGGUUAUCUCAACACAGCCCCAGUCCGUUCGUCCAUCUGUUAUAUUGAUGGAGAUGAAGGGAUUCUUCGCUACCGAGGAUACCCGAUUGAGGAGUUGGCUGAAAGCAGCACAUUUCUUGAAGUGGCUUAUCUCUUAAUGUAUGGGAAUUUACCUUCUCAGAGCCAGUUGGCAGACUGGGAGUUUGCAAUUUCUCAGCAUUCUGCUGUCCCUCAGGGCAUUCUGGAUAUUAUACAGUCAAUGCCUCAUGAUGCGCACCCAAUGGGAGUACUUGUCAGUGCAAUGAGUGCGCUUUCUGUUUUCCAUCCGGAUGCAAACCCUGCUCUUAGAGGCCAAGAUCUUUAUCAGUCAAAGCAAGUAAGGGACAAGCAAAUUGCAAGGAUAAUUGGAAAGGCACCAACAAUUGCAGCUGCUGCAUAUUUACGGAUGGCAGGAAGGCAUCCUGUUCUUCCAUCAAGCAAUCUUUCAUAUUCAGAGAACUUUUUGUACAUGUUGGACUCAUUGGGUAACAGGUCAUAUAAACCUAACCCUCGACUUGCUCGGGUUCUUGAUAUUCUUUUCAUCCUGCAUGCUGAACAUGAAAUGAACUGCUCCACAGCUGCUGCUAGACAUCUUGCUUCAAGUGGAGUGGAUGUCUUCACUGCUCUUGCUGGAGCUGCUGGAGCUUUGUAUGGUCCACUCCAUGGCGGGGCAAAUGAGGCUGUUCUUAAAAUGCUGAAUGAAAUUGGGAAAGUUGAAAAUAUUCCAGAGUUUAUCGAGGGAGUGAAGAACAGGAAGCGGAAGAUGUCAGGUUUUGGACAUCGUGUGUACAAAAACUAUGAUCCUCGUGCUAAGGUCAUUCGCAAAUUGGCGGAGGAAGUUUUCUCAAUUGUUGGACGUGAUCCUCUGAUUGAGGUAGCUGUUGAGUUAGAGAAAGCUGCACUGUCAGAUGAGUACUUUGUUAAGAGGAAGCUUUAUCCUAAUGUUGAUUUUUACUCAGGCCUAAUCUACCGGGCUAUGGGAUUUCCAACAGAGUUCUUCCCUGUUCUGUUUGCUAUCCCUCGUAUGGCUGGCUACUUGGCGCACUGGCGGGAAUCACUUGAUGAUCCUGAUACAAAGAUCAUGAGACCACAGCAGGUGUAUACUGGUGUCUGGCUCCGUCAUUAUGCACCUGUGAGAGAGCGACUGGUGUCCAAAGAGGCUGACAGGCUUGGUCAAGUGGCAGUUUCCAAUGCAACAAGGCGACGGCUGGCAGGAUCUGGCGUGUAAUUUAACGCAGACCCACGGCAAAUGCUUUAAUAAUGUAAACUAGCAACCCUUGUGGCAAUGGUAGCUUAAUAAUGCUAGGGCUGAAUCUGAAAAGUGUUUAGCCUGAAUAGCUGAGUAAUUGUUCUUUUGGUCACCAUAAGCCCAGAAUAAUGUGAGCCAAAUGAAUAUUAAUAUGUGGAAAUUUUUUGCAAUGUUCUAGAUGCAAACUACUCUCUCUUCCUCCAAA